AUGGCGCAAAAGGAGAGUGGCGACGAGUAUCUUGCGGGGAUGUGGAGGAGAGAUAUCGAGUUGCAACUGAUAUGGUCUUACCCUUCGGCUUCGUAUCUCCAACCAAGAAUGGCAGAUUAUCGGGGACCGAGUUGGAGCUGGGCAAGCUCAUGUCCACGCAACAACGUUGGCGUUUUCUAUGAAUAUCCCAGGAGAGAUGACACAAACUAUCGUUUCCUUACGCAUGUGCAAGAAGCUCACGUCACACUUGUAAGAAAUGAUCCCUUUGGAGAGCUUGCAGGAGGUGUAUUAAAGAUCAGUUGUUCGGGCAUGCUUUUAGGAAAAAGCGGAAAAAUCAAAGGCCGAAAUCAUCCCCCCAAUAUUAGAGAUUGAAUCUUUGACAGACGAAGAUGAUCACUAG